GUGCGUGUGAAGCCGUGCGCGUCCCCACUAAGGGCUAGUGGAGCGCGUGAACACAGAGCAAGCGCAGGAGCUGGGAAGAUGGGGGAGAGGGCGGGAACCCGGGUUUUCAAGAAAUCCAGCCCUAACUGCAAGCUCACCGUGUACCUCGGAAAGCGAGAUUUCGUAGAUCACCUGGACCGGGUAGAUCCUGUGGAUGGCGUCGUCCUUGUAGAUACAGAUUAUCUGAAAGAUCGGAAAGUCUACGUUACAUUGACCUGUGCUUUCCGAUAUGGCCGGGAGGACCUGGAUGUCCUGGGCUUGUCCUUUCGGAAGGAUCUCUUCAUUUCCACGUUCCAAGCUUACCCGCCCCUCCCAGAGGAAAAGAAACCCCUCACCCGCCUGCAGGAGCGGCUGAUCAAGAAGCUCGGAGAACAAGCACACCCGUUUUACUUUAACGUUCCACAAAAUCUUCCAUGCUCUGUCACUUUGCAGCCAGGACCAGAGGACACUGGGAAAGCUUGUGGCGUGGACUAUGAAAUUCGUGCCUUCUGUGCCAAAACCGUGGAAGAAAAGAUGCAUAAAAGGAAUUCUGUUCGCUUGAUUAUUAGAAAGGUUCAGUUUGCACCAGAGAAUCCCGGACCCCAGCCAGUGGCGGAGACAACGCGGCAUUUCCUGAUGUCUGACCGCUCCCUGCACCUGGAAGCAUCAUUAGAUAAACAGCUUUAUUACCACGGAGAGGCAAUUAAUGUGAAUGUGCACGUGACCAACAACUCCAGCAAGACUGUGAAGAGGAUGAAAGUGUCAGUCAGACAAUACGCAGACAUCUGCCUGUUCAGUACUGCUCAGUACAAGUGUCCCGUGGCUCAGAUGGAACUGGACGAUCAGGUGACCCCCAGUUCCACAUUCUGUAAAGUUUACACCCUGACGCCUCUGCUGUCCAAUAAUCGGGAGAAGAGGGGGUUGGCUCUGGACGGGAAGCUGAAACACGAGGACACCAACCUGGCAUCCAGUACCAUUGUGAAGGAAGGCUCCAGUAAGGAGGUUUUGGGAAUCCUGGUGUCCUACAGAGUGAAAGUAAAACUUGUAGUGUCGCGUGGGGUGGAUGUGGCUGUGGAGCUGCCUUUUGUCCUUAUGCAUCCGAAGCCCCCAGAGAACAUCUCACGGCCUUUGUCAGAAUAUCCUCAGACAGAUGAGCCAGUCGAUACCAACCUGAUUGAGUUUGAUACUAACUUUGCCCAGGACGAUGAUAUCGUGUUCGAGGAUUUCGCUCGUCUGCGACUCAAAGGGUUAAAAGACGACAAGGACGACGACGAGGCCUUCUGCUAACCCCGCCCUCUACCUGGGGGAGGGGCAAUGCCACCGCACAGAUAUACAUACGCUGUGUAAUAGCGAUCAUUUUAUAGACGGGAGGCGGCGUAUGUAUAUUGACCCCCCACACACACACACUGGUUUUAUCUGUGGGAAGGACGUUUUUAUCGUAUGUACAAAACAGUCCAGGGUUGGAGACGAUAUGUAUGUAUAGACGAGAAGGAAAAGGAAAUGUCAGCAGCUAAAGGCUGGCGCAGAGAUGUAACGUAUCUUUUAUGUAUGUAUAUAGUGAAUCUGUGCGUACACAUGUCCAACCUCUCCCAGGCUUGUAUACCUGGCGGCAACGUUGUAUGUGGAAAGUCUGUAUUCUGUGGGUCCAGCUGUACAGAAGCCAAAUUAUGUGAGUUUCCCCAGUGACUGCUCACGGCAUUGACCCUUCAGAUAUUUAUCAAAAUAAUUUUAUUAGUGCAUGGUUGCCGACUCACAUGGAGCCCUUGUCAGGACGAGGGCUCCAUGUGAGUUGAAACGCUUUGAUGCAACAUUACAUUGAUUAUUUAUUUUCUUUUGAUUCCAAGAUAUUAAGGGAUACAUGUGCUGUUAAUAUGAAUGAAUUUUGUUACAACAGCACCACCUGCUGGUCACUUUCCCACCAGUCUGACCAGCAAGUAGUCAAGGAAGUUGUCAGGAGAAAGAAAGAGGCUGCUCUGAUGUUCUUCUGCUUAGGAAAAGAAUUAGAAACCUUUCUCACAUCUUUCCCAAGCAGAAGAACAUCAGAGCAGCCUCUUUCUUUCUCCUGACAACUUCCUUGACUACUUGGUGGUCAGACUGGUGGGAAACUGACCAGCAGGUGGCGCUGUUGUAACAAAAUUCAUUCAUAUUAACAGCACAUGUAUCCCUUAAUAUCUUGGAAUCAAAAGAAAAUAAAUAAUCAAUGUAAAUGACAAAAGUGCUUAGAAUAGCACAAUCAUCAAUUUUACAUUCACUUAUUUUAUAGGUUUACUUAUCCUUUAAGGGAACAACUUUCCUUUUUAAAGAAAGCAGACUAUUUACCGGGGUGGCACAGAAGUGGGUGUUUUUUUUUUCUAUAAUCUCUUUAUUUGAAUUGUUCCUAAAACCAUUCUACGUAGAGGGUGGAUGGAAUAUGCUGAGAUCAGUAAAACAAACCCACCCCCCAGGAGGCAUUUUGGAUUGCAUUUUCUUAGGCUGAUGAAUGUGAAAACAUCCAAUAUGAUUUUUGGGUACAUGGAUGGGUUUGCAUGUGUGUUUACACACAAUAGCUAGAUUUGCCUGGCUAUUGAAUGUAUCUAUUUCCACAUUUAUCUGAGUGCUCAGUAGCCCCGGACAGUAGAGUCCUGCACGGAACCAAUUUGUUAAACCCGAACCCACAUACUUACCCGAUUGGUCACCCGACCCGCAAGUACCUUAUCCGCAACCCAAUCUGCUGACCAUCAAAAAACAGUAAGUGCUGUCAUUGUAAACCGGAACAUCAUUAGAAGUUGCCGUGAUCAGAAAAAAGGGAGUAAAACAGGAAGUGCUGCUGUGAACCGGAAGUGACAUCAUUAGAAGUUGCCGUGAUCAGAAAAAAGGGAGUAAAACAGGAAGUGCUGUCGUUGUAAAUUUGAAGUGACAUCAUUAGAAGUUGCCGUGAUCAGAAAAAAGGGAGUAAAACAGGAAGUGCUGUCGUGGUAAACCGGAAGUGGCGUCAUUAGAAGUUGGUGUGAUCAGAAAAAA